AUGGGGCCGGCGGUGGCGCGGGGCGUGGGGCGGCUGGCGGGGCUGCUGGGGGGCUGCAGGCUCCGGUGCCGGCGGCGGGUGGCGACGGGGCUGCUGGCCGGCCUGGUCUGCCUCUCGGCGGCCGCCUUCCUGUGCAGCGGCGGCCACGAGGAGCUCUUCUCGCGGGCCCUGCCCCUCUGGGCGGCCGCGGGCGGCGGGGGCCCCCCCGACGACCCCCCUGCGCCGCCGCCCCCGCCCCGCCGCCCCGCGGAGUUCGCGCUGGAGCCCCCGCCGCCCCCCGCCUGCGCCCCCCCGACGGGCCCGCGGCGGCGGCGGCUGCUGCUGCUCUCGCUGGUGGUCAGCGCCACCGACCACGCCGAGCAGCGCCAGGCCGUGCGGGCCACGUGGGGCGGCGUAGGGGGGUCGCCUCCGGGGGCGCUGCGGACCUUCUUCGUGGUGGGGCUGCCCGGGGACCCCUCGCGGCAGGCGGCGCUGGAGGAGGAGGCGCGGCGGCACGGGGACCUGAUCCAGGGGCGCUUCGUGGACACCUACGCCAACCUGACCCUGAAGACCCUGGCGCUGCUGGGCUGGGCCGCCUUCCGCUGCCCCGCGGCCGCCUUCGUGCUCAAGGUGGACGACGACGUCUUCAUGAACCUGCCGGCCCUGGCCGCCCACCUGGACGCCCUGCGCGACCCCCGGGGCCUCUACCUGGGGCGCAUCCACUGGCGGGUGCGGCCCGACCGGAACCCCGCCAGCCGCCACCACGUGCCCGCCGCCCUGUACCCCGGCGACGUCUUCCCCCCCUACUGCAGCGGCACCGCCUACGUCCUCUCGGGGGACGCCGUGGCCGCCGUCCUGGACGCCGCUCGCCACGUGCCCCUGGUCCCCGUGGAGGACGCCUUCGUGGGCCUCUGCGCCUGGCGGGCCGGCAUCACCCCUCGGCACGUGGUCCGAAUGGCGGGCUCCACCCACUUCCCUGCCGACCCCUGCUGCUACCGGGAGGUCCUGUUCAGCGUCCACGACGUGGCGGCCCCCAAGAUGGUGGACAUGUGGCAGAGGGCCUGGCGCCAGGAAGCAGCCUGCACCUUCUUCCAGCACGCCUUUGGGAUCCUCCGGUGCCGGAUCCUGUCUUGGAUGGAAGCCGGCCUGUGAGGAGGAGGAGGAGGCCCGAAGGAGCUGGCUGGAACCUCCACGGGAGACGUUGCCACGGGAAAGCCGACCCCUGGCUGGACUGGGGGAUUGUGGCUUUCCGCCUUGCAGCAACAGGAGGAUGUUGAUACGUGUGGCCCCGCUGAGGAUACAGCCCGUCACUCCGUCUUUUGUAUGUUACUGCGGGAGGGACACACACACACACACAAAAGUGCCUUGUACUUCUACAAGCUGGGGUGGGGUGGGCUGCUUUGCAGGAUCGCAGGCAGGCAGGGUCUCCCCCGUCUUUCCCCCUUCAGAGUCCUGGAGAAUUUGGGGGGAAGGAGGAGGGAGCGCCCCCUCCUCUGGCUCAGCCGGCAUGAACCCCCACCACCAAGGAGAACAGAAUCCAGAGUUUUCAACGUACAGCCCCCCCCCCCCUCCCUCCAGACUUUUCCAAGAUUCAAUUUCAGGAGCACUUGCAAGAUCAAAAGGAUCUCCAGGGUGGGACCUCUCAAGAGUUCAGGCUUUGGGUACCUGAAGACCUUGCGGGCGCUUCUGGACUCGAAUCUUGCUUCUCUACUUAGUCUUGGUAGGCCACAAAGUGAAUCUGCUGUGUGAUGCGGCAGCCAAGGAAGCCAAUGCGAUUCCCAGCUGCCUCAAUGGGACACAGAGUGUCUAGAUUGAGGGCUGUAACAGCACGUCUCUGUUCUGCUUUGGACAGACCUCGCCUGGAGUCCUGUGUUCAGUUCUGGGCAUCACAAUUCAAGGAGGACACUGACAGCUGGAACGGGCCCAGGGGAGGGCGGCCAAACUGGUAAAAGGUCUGGAGUCCAUGCCCUGCAAGGAGAGGGAAGUUAGAGCUGGGGACAUUGAGUUUGGCAAAGUGUGGGGGGACGACGACAUGAUAGCUAUUUUUAGAUAUCUCAUAGAAUCAUAGAGUUGGAAGAGACCAGAAGGACCAUCAAGUCCAAUCCCCCUGCCAUGCAGAAACACACAACCAAAGAGGGAGAUCCCACCACACCCGGAGGCAGCGUGAUCCACUGUCGAACAGCCCUGACUGAAGGGAUAUCGUGUCAAAGAGGGAGCAAGCUUGCUUUCUGCUCCUCAAGAGACUGGAACAUUGGAGUAAUGGAUUCAAGGUGCAGGAAAAGAGGUCCCGCCUAAACAUCGGGAAGAACUUCCUGUGUGACCGUGGAAUGUGCUGCCUCAGAGGGGGGUGGAGUCUCCUCCUUUGGAGUCUUGUAAACAGAGGCUGGGUGGGCCUCUGUCAAGGGUGCUUUGACGGUGGGUUCCUGCAUGGCAGGGGGGUUGGACUUGAUGGUCCUUCUAGACUCUCCCGUCUCUGUGAUUCUGCUGCAAGACCAUGGUAGCUACUAAAUGCUGCAGGCUUGGGCAAGGCCCCUGAGUAGACCCCAGAAGGCCAGGGGAGAGGGCUUUGGCAGGACUUUCCGGGGACAGAGGGGCUGAAGAAGGCCCCCCCCCCACUCAGUGCUGGGAGGCGGAAGCCGUUGUGCCCCAUUUGAACACCGUAAGAGGCCUGCUGCAUGAGGAUCCCCCUAGUCGGCCAGCAUCCCCUCUCACACAAGGGCCAGCCAGUUCCUCUGGAGAGGCGGCGGCAGCAGCAGCAGCAGGGCAGAGAGGCCGAGGCCUCCCCCCACUGUCCCCUCCUGGCACGGGCAUCUGGAGGCGGAGUGCCUGAAUUGCUGGGCUCUCCAGCCUUUCCCCCUCUUUGUUUCCCGCCCAUCGUCCAGCCCAGCCCAGCGUCCUUCCUGAGAUACGUUGAACAGAACUGCACACAGCAAUCCAAAUGAGGCUGCCCCACUGAUCUGUACGGGGGGCGUUCUAAUCCCAGCUGCUUUAUCUGCAGCUCCUUCCUGAGCAGCCCCUCCCCACACGUGUGAGCGUCAAGCGUUGUCAAGUCUCAGCUGAUGUUUGGCAACUCCAGGCAAGUGAGCAGCAGAGGUGGGGGGGCCGUUGCCAUCCCGGGGGGGGGGGGGGCUUUCUUGGAGGUCUCCCCUCCAAACACCGACCCUGCUGAGCUUUUGGAGAGAUUGGGCUAGUCUGUGCCGCCUUCCCGCCCAGUCCCCAAUAACGAUGUUCAGUGUAUUGUCGAAGAUUGGGGUGCUGUGGGGUUUCUGGGCUGUGUGGCCGUGUUCAGGAGAAAAUGCUUCUGGAACGCGGCCAUACAGCCCGGAAACCCCACAGCACCCCAACAAAGAAGUUGCCUUUUUCAGUGCUGUGUCUGCUACUACCCCGAGGCCUCCCCCCCCCCCUUCUCCAUCUCAGCAAAUUCAGCUCCCGUGAGCCCUGUGCCGGAAGCUGGGAUUUUGGUUGUACACCACUUUACAGAGCUCUGUUUGCCGCUUUGUUCCCCACACACCCAGUUUGUGGAGCUGUUUGUUUAUAUUCCUACGCCACCUCUUCGGAGCCCUGCCCAAGGCCGACGACACCGAGAAACCGCAGCGUGGUGGCGGGCCUUGAUUUUUGCCAACAGAACAUUUGACCUUCUCAAAAGCCUUUGGAAAGUCCAAGUAUAUACUGUCUACGGUGUCAUAUCCCAUUUCUGGGCGUGUGUCUGUUUACUUUAAAACCAGCGCAUUGAAAGUUUGUCCAGUCUGUUUACUUUAAAACCAGCACAUUAACCACUAAACCACAAGGUGGCAUUGCGGGGAAUAUACCCCGUAUACCCCGAGGUCCUCUCCGCCGUCUCCCUUUAGCUUUCCUAAGAGAAGCUAGAAGUGUGUUUAUUACAGGUGUUGUGGAAACCUUGUAACCUGGCCAAAGAUCACUCCGUGUUAUUUUAAAGAGUUUUUUAAAAUUUUAAAUCAGUGCUGAAAAUGAUUUAAUAAAGAAUAACCAUAAUACAA